AUGGGCAAUGGAGAUAGUUCUACAAGCCCUGAUGUGGACCAGAGGCGCUUUCAUAACAUUCUCCAAAGAUUCUUGACGCAGUUUAAGCUCAAGAAGCCGAUGAUUACGAACUACAUGGUCUACCACCUGGACUAUCUUGUAGCCAACUUCUGCUACUUCAAGGACAUUGCUCUUGUGAGCGAAUGCCUAUGCACAGAAAACAAUCGAUUCAACUUUGCAUUCUACCAGAGAAUGAAUGUUUUUAUACGAAUAAUUGAUUUCGGCAAUGAUACGCCUGCAGGAGAUGAGUGUAAUGCUUGGGGUUCUGUUGGCGGCCUUGCCAUCGGGGAUGCCAGAUACAGGCCUCCGCCUUGCCCUACAGGGUAUGCAUAUCCCAUGACGAAGGAGGAGUGGAUCAGAAAAAGCAAGGACGCCUUAUUUGGGCCGGCCUUUGAGUUUUCGAAUGUCUCGGAUAUGGAGGAUGAAGACAGCAAGGCAGAGAUGAAGGAGGCCCUUAGGAACUUUGAGGUCAGCGAGUACUUUGGGAGUGGCGAGGAUGAGGAGUAUCUGGUGUUCAACUCGAGAUCCAAGGUUCUGAAGCACUUCUUUGAGGUUCUGGGCUUCCACUUCAGAAUCCAUCCUCACUACAUGACUGAGGCUCUCGACCACCGUUUCAUCUGCUCCUUCCUUGAUUUGCUUGACUUUGAGCCAGCACUGAAUCUUUUUGGCAUUCUGCUUGGACUAAAGGGCCUCAAUAUGCAGAAGCUGGCCAUGCUGCUGAAAGAUGCACAUCCGAUAUCUGUUCUUAUUGAAAGAAAGCACUAUGUGGCGCUGAAGAUGCUGCUCCUUGUUGACUGGAUGGAUAAUGAAAGUGGAUCGAUGUCCAGUGAUGAGGAGGGCUUCUUCCAUGACGAGAUGAUGUCUGCGGGAGAAAAGCUCAUCUCUGUGUUCCUAAGGGAGGAAUCAUACUUCGAAUACAAGCAGGUGUAUGACAUAAUCGAGAUUCUGAACUGCUCUCACAGAUGCCCCAAGCUCGAGAUUCCGGACUUCAAAAGAAUAGACUCUAAGCUGGUCCUCUACAUAAAACUAAUGGUGGGGCAACUGGACCUUCUUAUGGAUGAGAUAUUCCAGAAGAAAGUCCAUGUCACACUCAUAGACCUGUUUUUUGGAAACCCGGAUUAUUCUGCUCUUCUGAUUCCCCUCACGAUAUUCCUCUCGUCGGCAAUCAGGAACCAGUCCAGGUUCUCCAUGCUUAUAGACAUUGGCUUUCUGGAUAGAUUUCACGAUGCCUGCAUUAGAUCCAUUGCUGUCGACAAUGGCCCUAGGCCCGCUGUGGAGUCCAUUUUCUCCUGUCUUGUGUACAUAUAUCCAUUGGUUGCGUUCUAUCUUGCAAAGGUAAAUAGAGAGCUUCUCAACACAGACAAGUGGGUCUACCUCUCCUCUAUGAUGGAUCCAUAUCACAGGAAGGAGAAGCUUAGCUACUCCAACGACGAGGCCAUAGAAAUGUUUCUUGAUGGAUGUGCCAGCGAAAGUUUUGCAAGGUACAUGUGCCAUCUUGUGGUUGAUGAAAUGCCUGUGCCCUCCCUGUUCCUUGAGAAGAAGUAG